AUAUUAUAUUAUUAUUAUUAGUGAUAGUAAUAGUAAUAGUAGCAUAUUAUUAGUAGUAAUAGUCGAAGUCGUAUAGAUUGGACUAGUCCUACAGACAACGUAAGAAAAAAAAGCUGAGAGUUCUACUUCAUAAAUAGUGUGAAAAUGAAUUUAAUUUGUAUUAAAAUAAUAUAAUAUAUAAGUAUUCACUAAUUAUAUUUAAGAAAAUAUUGGACAAAUUCUUAUUUUUAUCGCAGAUUUAUAUACUAAUUCUUAUAUAUAUCAAUUAUAUUUAUUAUUUUCUAUGCAUUUAUUGUAAACAAAUAUGUAUUAAAUCGUAUUUAGCACGGAUCACUGUGAGAUGCACUAAUAAAGAAAGAUAUAUAUGAGAAAUUGACAAGUGUGCGUUCAUAGUCUACUAAAUUACUUAGUCUACUUAUUAAAACCAAUUAUUGUCGCGUGAGGGGUAAGUAACUGACACAACUUAUACAUCGAUAUGAUAGGACAUGGUGAAUAGAGGACAGUAUUCUCUGCUCGUAUUCGUAGUUCAUAUUUUGUCCAUACUUGUCGCUGAAGUUACAUAUGCUUUUUUGAACAAAAAACAGCCUUAAUACAUUAUUUAAUUCGAUUGCGAUGAUCGUAUCCAAGGUGGCGUAUUGCAAAAGUAGAUAUGGAUUUAUUAUUGAUAACCCACUAUGUAGAAAGAGACUUUGCACAUCAAAUAACAAUUGUGAUAUGUCUAUUUAGCUUUGUUCAGUAUACAGUAGAUAUAAUCAGACUAUGAGUUCCAACAGCUAUGGCUCUGGAAGAGUCGAAGAAUGGAUGACUUUCUUUGUGUUUCCGGCAUUUUUUUCGUCCCCUUUGUUUUCGGGAUCUUUGUUGCCUUUACUUUGUUUGGUUGGUUUCCCGCGUGUGCAUUUGGUGGUGCCAAGGCGUGUUAGUUAUGUGUCUUACUGGAAGAGGCGUAACAGUCGCAACGAAAUCGCCACAUCUUGUAUUUUAUAACUGAAAAUUCUAGGGGAAAAUGCAGGAGAAGAAGUCAAGGCUAUAUAUAAUCUUUCUGAAUCACAUGCAAUAUUUUUUCGACAACAAAUUACAUAUAGGUUUCUGAAAAAUAAAAUGCGUGAAAAAAUUCUAUGCACGCCUCAAGUAUAUGGGCUCAAAUUUGAAUAUAUAAAACUUCAUGCUCAAUAUCCAAAACCUGAGGCAGCUUUACUAUCUAAUCUUGUAAAUCUUCCAAAAGAGUGGUAUAUCGUACAAGUCACAGCACAAUUUGAGGACUCUUUGUAUUUACAGUAUAAUAAACAUACUUAUCAUUCUAUGCAUGCUCUACACAUUACUAUACUUCCAACUGGUAAUAGCAUUAUAGAACCACUUUGUAUAACUUUACCAAAACCACAGACACAUACUAUGUAUGAUAUAUGUAAUGAAAUUCAUGAGAUUUUGGGUAAUAAUAAAUCAGAUCUAACAGCAACAUAUGCAAAUAAAGAACUGUAUUGGAAGAUGCGCCUGAAGCAAGAUAAUAAAAUGAAGACAGCAGUUCAUGAAUUAGAAUUCACAUGGUUACGUGAAUGGAGAAUACUUUUUAUGGCAGAUCUCAUUGACAACAUGGAUGUUGCAACAGAUAUGGAAUUAAUAAUUGAUAAAUUAAUAGCAGAUUGUCCAUCUUGUGACUAUAUAUGCCCCCGUACUAAGUGGUUAUUAAAAAAGAUAUGCCUGGGUGCAUGUUUUUUGACAAGAGAAGAAAUAGCACGAGCUGUUAAAUAUGUUCUUUGCAAUCACGAAAAACUGGCAGAAAAUGUGAUUCUUUCAAUUUAUGGAAAAUUAUUAGACUUACAGAUAUUACGAAAUGCAAAGAGAAAAACUUUGGUUUUAAUUAUAGAUGAACAUAUGGACUUUUUACCAUUUGAGUCUAUAGAAAUUCUUAAGAAUAAUCCUAUUACACGAUUCUCUUCCAUCUAUGUAGCAUAUGCAUUAUUUAAACAGCAUGAAAAUACAAUAAAGGAUGGAUGUAAAAUAAUUAAAGCAAAAGAUAAUCUUGGUACAUGUAUAGUUAAUCCUUCUGGUGAUUUAUAUAAAAUGGAAAAACGUUUAGAAUUAUUUAUAAAUUAUUGGUUAACAAACUGGAAAAGCUUAUACAAUACAAAGCCAAAAGAAGACAUGUUUGAAGAUGCAUUGGUUAAUUAUGAUAUUCUAAUGUAUAAUGGUCAUGGAAGUGGUAUACAGUAUUUACCUGGAGAACAUAUAGAAAAACUCAAGGUAAAGGCUAUCGUGUUACUAUUUGGAUGCAAUAGUAUCAGAAUGACUCCUGUAGGUGGACGUUUUCCCCCUUACGGUAUAACCAAUCAAUAUUUGAUCGCUAGCAGUCCAUGUGUUUUGGGCAUGCAAUGGGAAGUAACAGAUAGCGACAUUGAUAAAAUGACAGCAAGCUUUAUUAGCACUUGGAUUCCAUCGUCCGCCCAACGAUCAUGGUCUCAUGUAGAUAUUGAUGCAUGGUGCCAAGGCAAUUUUAGAUUUGUAAAAGAUUCUCAAAAAAAAAUGGCUAAGGUAACAACGGAACCUGAGAUGUUGAGAGCAAUAUCAAAAUCAAAAGAAGCAUGCUCACUAUACAUGACAGCAGCUUCAAUAAUUACACGUGGUUUACCAAUAAGGCUCGAAUAAAUGCGUUACACACAUCGGUGAU